AUGCAUGGCAAUGGAGUUAUCGGGAUCCUUUCAGAGUCUACAAACAAGUGGGAAAGAAGGGUUCCUUUAACCCCAUCACACUGUGCUAGACUUCUGCACAGUGGGAAGGGUAAAGUGGAAGUGACACGCAUUAUUGUACAGCCAUCAACAAAGCGGAUACAUCAUGAUGCUCUGUAUGAGGAUGUUGGCUGUGAGAUUUCUGAGGAUUUAUCCGACUGUGGUCUCAUAUUGGGUAUCAAGCAACCAAAGUUGGAGAUGAUUCUUCCUGACAGAGCAUAUGCAUUUUUCUCCCAUACUCACAAAGCACAAAAAGAGAAUAUGCCUUUGCUAGAUAAAAUCUUGGAUGAGAGGGCAUCUUUGUUUGAUUAUGAGCUCAUAGUUGGAGAUAAAGGGAAGAGAUUACUUGCAUUUGGCAAGUUUGCUGGUAGAGCUGGACUUAUUGACUUCUUAAGUGGACUGGGAAGAAGGUAUCUUAGUCUUGGAUAUUCAACACCAUUCCUGUCACUAGGUUCAUCUUAUAUGUAUCCAUCAUUGGCUGCUGCAAAGGCUGCAGUUGUUUCUGUGGGUGAAGAGAUAGCUACUACUGGAUUGCCUUCAAGCAUUUCUCCUUUAGUAUUUAUUUUCACUGGUUCUGGAAAUGUUUCUCUUGGAGCACAAGAAAUAUUCAAGCUUCUUCCUCAUACAUUUGUGGAUUCAAGUAAACUUCCAAAACUAUUUGACAAGGGCGUGGAUCUUUGUCAACCUAAACGGGCUUUCCAAGUGUAUGGCUGUAUCGUGACUAGUGAAGACAUGGUUGAACACAAUGAUCCUAGUGAAGCUUUUGAUAAAGUUGAUUACUAUGCACAUCCUGAGCGCUACAGACCAGUUUUUCAUGAGAAGGUUGCUCCAUAUGCAUCUGUUAUAGUUAAUUGCAUGUAUUGGGAGAAAAGAUACCCUUGCUUAUUGACUACCAAGCAACUACAAGAUUUAACACAUAAAAGCUGCCCACUUGUUGGGAUUUGUGAUAUAACUUGUGAUAUAGGAGGCUCCAUAGAAUUUGUAAACAAAUCCACAUCAAUUGAUUCACCUCUUUUCAGAUAUGAUCCAUCUGGUGACUCGUAUCAUGAUGACGUGGAGGGCGAUGGCGUAAUUUGUUUAGCUGUUGACAUUCUCCCUACUGAGUUUGCCAAAGAGGCUUCACAACAUUUUGGUGAUGUACUUUCCUAUUUUAUUGGGAGUUUAGCUUCUUCAAAAGAUCUAGAAGAUUUACCUGUUCACUUAAAGAGAGCUUGUAUAGCACAUAAAGGAGCUCUCACUCACUUAUACGAAUAUAUUCCCCGAAUGAGGAACUCACAAGAAGUGUCUGAGGAUGUUGCCAACUUUGGAUCUUAUAAGAAUAGAUACACUAUGCUGGUUUCUCUUAGUGGUCAUCUGUUUGACAAGUUUCUGAUUAAUGAAGCCCUGGAUAUAAUUGAAGCUGCUGGUGGCUCUUUUCACCUGGUCAAAUGUCAAGUUGGUCAAUGCACAGACUCUACAUCUUACUCAGAACUUGAAGUUGGUGCAGAUGAUAGUGUUGUUCUUGAUAAAAUAGUUGAUACUUUGACUUCUAUAGCAAAACCAAAAGAAGGUCAUGAAAUUCCCAAUGGAAAAACAAACAUGUUUGCACUGAAAGUUGGUGAAGUGAAGGAUAGUUUUGUCAAAUUAGGAUAUGGUUCAAAAAAGAACACGGUUCUUGUGUUAGGUGCAGGGCGUGUUUGUCAACCUGCUGUUGAACUCUUGGCAUCAAUUGGAAGUGAUUCGUCUCCAGAAUGGUUAAAAUCAUGUAGAAUAGGUGAAUUUGGAGAGCAGAAUAGUAUUCAAGUUAUUGUUGCAUCACUUUUUCUUAAGGAUGCAGAGGAGAUAACUGAAGGUAUACCCUAUGCAAUUGCAUGCCAGCUGGAUGUGAUGGAUCAUGAUAGUCUCUAUAAGUACAUCAUGCAGGUUGAUCUUGUUAUCAGUCUAUUGCCUCCAAGUUUUCAUUCUACCAUAGCUAAUGUCUGCAUUGAGCUUAAAAAACAUCUUGUGACUGCUAGCUACAUUAAUGAUUCAAUUUACAAGCUACAUGAAGCAGCUAAAGAUUGUGGCAUUACAAUUCUUGGUGAAAUGGGGUUGGAUCCUGGAAUAGAUCAUAUGAUGGCAAUGAAGAUGAUCGAUGAAGCACAUGCCCAAGGAGGGAAAAUCAGGUCUUUUGUUUCCAAUUGUGGGGGUAUUCCAUCCCCUGCUGCAGCAAAUAAUCCAUUCGCUUACAAGUUCAGCUGGAAUCCAGCUGGAGCUAUACGAGCUGGACGCAAUCCUGCCACCUACAGAAAAGAUGGAGGAAUUGUACAUGUUGAUGGAGAUGAUCUGUAUGAUUCAGCUACAAAAUUUCGGAUGCAUGAUUUUCCAGCUUUUGCACUUGAGGUCCUACCUAAUCGCAACUCCUUAACUUAUGGAGAUUUAUACGGGAUACAAAAUGAAGCAUCGACCAUAUUUCGUGGCACUCUUCGUUAUGAAGGGUUUGGUGAAAUAAUGGGCACACUUGCAAGAAUUGGUUUCUUUGAAAGUGAAGUUAGUUUGAUUCUUACAAAUAAAGAUAAAGAUAGACAUAAGCUUAUUACAGAAAGGAUAAUAGAACUUGGAUUCUGCAAAGAGAAUGGAACAGCAUUCAGGACAGCUAAAGCAAUUAUGUUUUUGGGAUUUUAUGAGCAAACAGAGGUACCUUCAUCUUGUCAAAGUGCAUUUGAUGUGACAUGCCUUCGGAUGGAAGAAAGAUUAGCCUAUAACACCACAGAACAGGACAUGGUUCUUUUGUAUCAUCAAGUAGUGGUGGAAUUCCCAAAUGGUCGCCCUACAGAAAAACAUGAGGCAACCUUAUUGGAAUUUGGGAGGACUCAGAAUGGGAAAACAAUAAGUGGCAUGGCCUUAACAGUUGGGAUUCCUGUAGCAAUUGGUGCUUUGCUUUUACUUGCGGGAAAAAUUACAAGUACGGGUGUCUUAAGGCCUAUUGAUGCGGAAGUUUAUGAGCCAGCACUCGAAAUGUUGCAUGCUUAUGGAUUCAAUAUAAUGGAGAAAAUUGAUUAACUUCGGUCUUCUUGAUUAACAUAUGGUGUAAAAGUAAAACAAAUGAAAAUCAAGUUGAUAAUUUCAUCAUUGUAGAUUGAUCAUGUAUGUAUAUAUGUAUCAUGUGUAUUGUUAUUCUAUACAUGAAGGGGUUCUUUCAUACUACACUUGCUCGUUACAUUUGUGUAAGUUUAUACAUGAAGGUGUCUUUGCGUGGUUGUAUGUUAUGCUAUUGCUUAUUAUUUAAAAGGAC